GAUGGCGCCUGGCUGCUGCUGCCUGUUCCUGCAGAUGUGCUGGAUGUGAUCUCCAGCCCCGGGCUCGGUCUCUCCAUUAGCUGUCAGACACCAGGCUGCAGUAGUGAACAUUGGUUUCACUUUCUGUACAUUGACAUUAAUGUAAGAAUUGCACAAUGCCACCGUUUCGUCAAGUUGGAGAGAAGCAGCUGCCCCAGGAGAUCAUCUUUAUGUCCUGGUCACCAAAAAGAGAUCUUAUUGCAUUAGUAAACAAAGCUGGAGAGGUCUUGCUUCAUCGGCUCGCAAAUAUUCAGAGAGUGUGGAGUUUGCCUCCAAGUGAAAAUACCGGAAAAGAAGUGACAUCACUCGCAUGGAGACCAGAUGGCAAAAUUUUGGCUUUUGGGCUUGCUGAUACCAAGCGGGUUGUAUUAUGUGAUGUGGAAAAGCCAGAGAGCCUACAUUGUUUUUCUGUGGAAACACCAGUAUCCUGCAUGCAUUGGAUGGAGGUGACAGAGGAGAACAGUAUUUUGACAUCUUUUUAUAAUGCUGAGGGUGAAGUGAACAUUCUGCUGCCAAAUCUGCCUCCACUGCCUAAAAAUUACAAUGCAACAGCAAAAAUCUUCAGUGAAGAGAAAUCAGAUGAAAUCCUGAAGCUCCUAGGUGACGUUAGGCUCAAUGCUUUAGUCCUUGGAGGAGACUCCGGGCAGAUUGAAAUCUAUGCAUAUGGAAUGUACAAGAUUGCAACCAUCACAGAGGUCUUUGGAGCCUGUCAAGGGUUAUGUUUAUCUAGUGAUCUAAAAUCCAUGUCUGUUAUUACCGAGCUGUCAACGAACGCCACCCCUGAGAUUACUUACUUUCAGUUAGAUACCAGUUUGUUGUCUGACUACUUACCUGAAGUUACCCGGAUGGCCAGGAAGUUUACCCACAUUUCUACCCUUCUUCAAUACUUGAAAUUAGCCCUCACGUGUAUGUGUGAAGCUUGGGAAGAAAUCCUUCUGCAAAUGGAUUCACGGCUGACAAAAUUUGUGCAAGAAAAAAAUACUACCACUUCAGUACAAGAUGAAUUCAUGCAGCUACUCUUGUGGGGUAAAGCAAGUCCUGAGCUCCAAGCUUUAUUGAUGACCCAGCUAACUGUUAAAGGAUUGAAGAAACUUGGACAAUCUGUUGAGUCAUCAUAUUCCACUAUACAGAGACUAGUUAUAUGUCACUUGCAAAGUGGAGCUGAAGCUUUGCUGUACCAUCUAAGUGAACUGAAAGGUAUGGCUUUAUGGAGACAGAAGUAUGAGCCCCUUGGACUUGAUGCCAAAGCAAUUGAAGGUGCCAUAACAGCUGUUGGAUCCUUCAUUUUGAAAGCAAAUGAGCUUCUCCAAGUUAUAGACAGUGGAAUGAAAAACUUUAAGGCUUUCUUCCGAUGGCUCUAUGUCGCUAUGUUACGUAUGUCAGAGGAUCACGUGCUUCCUGAACUAAACAAGAUGACUCAGAAAGACAUUACUUUUGUGGCCGAUUUUUUAACGGAGCACUUUAAUGAGGCACCCGACUUGUAUAAUCAGAAAGGCAAAUACUUCAAUGUAGAACGCGUUGGUCAGUAUUUGAAAGAUGAAGAUGACAGCCUGAUGUCACCACCCAGCACAGAAGGGAACCAGUGGUUUAACUUUCUCCAUAGCAGCACACACCUGAAAGACAGUCCUCUGCUGUUCCCCUACUAUCCUGAGAAAUCAUUGCACUUUGUUAAAAGGCAAAUGGAAGGCAUCAUCGACCAAUGUCUCUCAAAGCCAGCAGAUAUUAUUGGAAAGUCUGUGCGACAGAAGAAAUGCAUUUCAUUAUAUCAAGCCGCUAAAAGUGAGGAAUCAUGUCCAAGGCUGAUCUCACUACCAUAUCUCUGGAAUGACAAGACCCAGAAUCUACACUAUCUUAUAUUCCACAUGCUGGAGAGCUCCCCAUCUAAAUUCUUCAUUUUUAGACAGCCAACAGAUGUGACAAAAUCUACAAGUGAUGAUCUUUUGGCUAUCGAAUUUGGAAAUUUCCUAAGCUGCAGCACUGCGGAUAAUGAAGAGUCAAGCCGGUACAGUUGUCUAGAUGCACGAUUUUACGAUGAGGACCUGUUGACUGUGGUGCUGAGAGAUGACUUGGAACAGGAGGGGAAGGAUAGGAUAUUGGCCCAAUUGCCAUUGUCUAUGAUCUAUUCUGAUGAAGAAACCCAAGACCAGUUUACCAGAGAUGCUUGUAAACGGCUGGAAGAGCAAUGUUCAGACAUACCAACACGUACUGUAUACUUGGAGAAUCAGUGCAGGACACUUGAGAACAUGAAGGCACAAUACGUCUCUGUAAAUGGUAUCCGGAAGAUAGCAUGUGUGCUCAGUUCCAACUUGCGCCAUGUUCGCGUGUUUGAGAUGGAUGUGGAAGAUGACGGAGAAGGUGAGGAGGAGGAAGGGGAAUCUCAGUCGCAGGAUGUGACGGGAGAAGAAGAAGAGCUUAAUCAGUCUGCCGAUGAUGUGCAGCCAGAUUCAUUUGAAACUGUAGAUGUGACAGAGGAAAGUUUAGACAGCUGAAAUCUUUUUCUUCUACCAUGGUAUCAUACCAGAGAAUCCAUUAAUUAUUUAUAUAAACGUUUUAUGAAAGUGCUUGAAUUUUUGCCUUUAAUA